AUGUGCUUCUGGACAAAGCCUUCUGUAUCCUGGGUGCCCUUGUUUCUUCUUCUCAGCCUUGAUCCCUCGACUGAGACAGAAAAACCCUCAACUCAGGACAGCAGCAGUACUUGGAGUCCAGGGCAACUGACGGAAGUUCUACGGGUUCUCUCUGCUGAUGACCCCCGUCCCCUGAACCACUCAAGAAGCCUCAUCAGAACAUUGCUGGAGAAAACUGGAUGCCCACGGAGGACAGACGGAAGGCAAGGAGAUUGCAAUCUGUGCUUUGAACCGGAUGCCCUGUUACUAAUAGCUGGAGGAGAUUUCGAGGAUCAGCUCAAAGAGGAAGUGAUCCAGCGAGUUUCUCUUCUCCUUCUCUAUUACAUCAUUCAUCAGGAAGAGAUUUGUUCUUCUAAGCUCAACAUGAGUAAUAAGGAGUAUACAUUUUACCUGCAUAGCCUUCUCAGCCUCAGGCAGGAUGAAGACUCCUAUUUCCUUUCACAGAAUGAGACGGAAGAUAUUCUGGCUUUCACCAGGCAGUACUUUGACACUUCAAGAAACCAGUGUAUGGAAACCAAAGUGCUGCAGAAAAAAUCUGGAAUCCUAAGCAGUGAUGGUGCCGAUGAAAACACCCUUCCCCGGUUGGCAGCAACAAUCAUUGCUUUGUCCCUCCAAGGCGUUUGUCUGGGACAAAGAAACUUGCCUCCCCCAGACUAUUUUACAGAAUACAUUUUCAGUGCCUUGAAUAGUACAAAUACUCUUCACCUAUCCGAACUAGACAAGCUCCUCAACACUCUCUGGACUAAAAGUACCUGUAUCAGAAAAGAUAAAAUCCAUCAGCUUAGAAGGAAACAAAACAGCCUAACAGUUCAUGAUGGAGACUACCCUAAUCUAUCUGUAUCCAUGGACCCAGAAUCAGAAGAUGGUCCAAUUUCCUGGGAUCAGACUUGCUUCUCUGCCGGGCAGUUGGUGAACAUAUUUCUACAGAACAAGCGUUCACCCAUUUCUAAGGAGGACUUUAAGCAAAUGAGUCCAGGAAUCAUUCAGCAAUUGCUCAGCUGUUCUUGCCAGCUGCCCCAGAACCAACAAGCAAAGAUGGCACCCACCACGCUGGAGAAAUAUGGCUACAGCACUGUGGCGGUGAUGCUGCUUACGCUGGGCUCCAUGCUUGGGACGACACUGAUCCUUUUCCACAGCUGUGAGGAGAACUACAGGCUCAUUUUACAGCUGUUUGUGGGCCUGGCUGUUGGGACACUUUCUGGGGAUGCUCUGCUCCACCUCAUCCCUCAGAUUCUUGGCUUACAUAUGCAGGAAACCUCAGAGUUUGGACAUUUCUAUGAAAACAAAGGGCAUAUUUGGAAACUGUUGGGAUUAAUUGGAGGCAUCCAUGGAUUUUUCUUAAUAGAAAAAUGUUUUAUUCUUCUUGUAUCACCAAGUGCCGAGCAGGACAUGUCAUUGGUUAACGGGCAUGUGGCGCAUUCCCGCCAUCUUGCAUUCAACCCUGAAUUAAGUGACCAGUCAGGCAGAGGCAAAUCUGCUUCAACUAUCCAGUUGAAAGGCCCAGAAGAUGCACAGGCAGCUGAAAUUUCUAUACCUAGUCUGAACACCCCCAACAGAAAAGGCAAAACCAUUAGCUUGCUAGCAAUAAUGAUUCUGGUUGGGGACAGCCUGCAUAAUUUUGCAGAUGGCCUAGUAAUAGGAGCAGCCUUCUCCUCUUCAUCUGAGGCGGGAGUAACCACGACUAUUGCUAUCUUGUGUCAUGAAAUUCCCCAUGAAAUGGGAGACUUUGCUGUGCUCCUAAGCUCUGGACUUCCUGUUAAGAUUGCCAUCUUGAUGAAUUUUAUAAGUGCUUUAACUGCCUUCAUAGGACUGUAUAUUGGCCUCUCAGUAUCAACAGAUCCAUGUAUUCAAAACUGGAUCUUAACAGUUACUGCUGGGAUGUUUUUAUAUUUAUCCUUGGUGGAAAUGCUUCCUGAAAUGACUCAUGUUCAAACACAGCGACCCUGGUUGAUGCUUCUCCUGCAAAACUUUGGACUGACCCUAGGUUGGCUCUCUCUCUUCCUCUUGGCUAUAUAUGAGCAAAAUAUUAAAAUAUAA